AGACGCCAGUUCUAAGAGUGUCCAGAAGCCCAGAGCAGAGUCACCUGCCCCCAGCCUGCUAUCAAUGAAGAGUGAUCAGCCACCUGCUUUCAGCCAGGAACCAUUACCAGAUGACAAUAAGGAAGUGGAGAGUUUGGACAGUGAGGAUGCAUUAAAGAUCACACACAACCUUCUGGACAGAAGAAGUCAAACUCUUCUGACAGUCCAACAAGACAUUAAGGCUAAACUGAAACACAAGUAUCAACACAUAUCUGAAGGAAUUGGACACCAUGGAAACCAAAGUCUGUUAAAGGACAUCUACACAGAGCUCUACAUCACAGAGGGUGGAAGUGGAGGGGUCAAUAAUGAACAUGAGGUGAGACAAAUAGAGAUGGCAUCCAAGAAACAAACCACACAAGAGACACCAAUCAAAUGCAACGACAUCUUCAAGCCUUUACCUGGACAAGACAAACCUAUCAGAACUGUGCUGACAAAAGGAAUCGCUGGCGUUGGAAAAACAGUCUCUGUGCAGAAGGUCAUCCUUGACUGGUCAGAAGGAAAAGCAAAUCAGGACGUUCAUUUCAUGUUUCCUCUUCCUUUCCGUGAUCUGAACCUGAAAAAGGACCAAUACAGUCUGAUGCAACAUCUUUCCCACCACUUCUCAGACCUGAAAGAGAUUGAAAGCAUUGAAGAUGGGGAAACCAAAACUGUUUUCAUUUUUGAUGGUCUGGAUGAGUGUCGACUUCCUCUAGACUUCAAAAACAAUGAGAAGUGCUGUGAUGUCACGAAGCCAACCUCAGUGGACGUGCUGCUGACAAACCUCAUCAAGGGGAAUCUGCUUCCCUCUGCUCUCCUCUGGAUAACCACACGACCUGCAGCAGCCAAUCAGAUCCCACCUGAGUGUGUUGACCAGGUGACAGAGGUACGAGGGUUCAAUGAUCCACAGAAGGAGGAGUACUUCAGGAUGAAAAUCACUGAUCAGAAUCUGGCCAAUGAAAUCAUCAAACACAUGAAGACAUCAAGGAGCCUCCACAUCAUGUGCCACAUACCAGUCUUCUGUUGGAUAUCAGCCACUGUCCUUGAGAUGAUGCUGAAAGAGGCAGAGAAGGAUGAAGUCCCCAAAACUCUGACCCAGAUGUACUCACACUUCACGCUCAUCCAAAUCAUUGUGAAGAACAAGAAGUACAACAAAGCCACAGAGACAAACCCAAAGGAACUGUCUCAGUCAGACAAAGAGAUGAUCCUGAAACUGGCAAAGCUGGCUUUCCAACAGCUGCAGAAGGGCAACCUGAUCUUCUAUGAGGAGGACCUGAGAGAGUGUGGCCUUGAUGUCACAGAGGCAUCAGAGUACUCAGCAUUGUGUACAGAGAUCUUUAAAGAAGAAUCUGGGCUGAACCAAGACAAGGUCUACAGCUUUGUGCAUCUGAGCAUUCAGGAGUUUCUAGCAGCAGUGCAUGCUUUAGAAUCAUGUCUGGACAAGAAGGAAAAUGUUUUUUCCACCACUAGUGAGGAUGAAGAGGAGGAGUCAAUCCAGUUGUCUGACUUACACAGAAGAGCAGUGGACCAGGCCUUGAAGAGUGAGAAUGGACACCUGGACCUGUUCCUCCGCUUCCUUCUGGGUCUCUCACUGGAGUCCAAUCAGAAUCUGUUACGAGGCCUUCUGACACAGACAGGAAGUACAACACAGAGCAAUGAGGAAACAGUUGAGAGAACAGUCAGGUACCUUUCAGACAACAUCGAAAGGGAAUCCUCACCAGAAAGGAUCAUCAACUUGUUCCACUGUCUGAAUGAACUUGGUGCCAACUCUCUAGUUGAAGACAUGCAGACCUCCCUGCGAUCAGGAACUCUUUCAGAAACCGAGCUAGAACCUCAACAAUGUUCAGCCCUGGCCUACCUGUUACUGAUGUCAGAGGAGGUGCUGGAGGAGUUUGACCUGAAGACAUACAACACAUCAGAGAAAGGUUAUCAGAGGUUACUGCCGGUUGUGAAAACCUGCAAGAGAGCACUACUAGCUGGCUGUAAACUCACAUAUGAAUCCUGUGAGACUCUGGCUUCAGCUCUGCAGACACCAAACUCCCCCCUGAGAGAACUGGACCUCAGCUACAAUGACCUGGGAGACAGAGGAGUGGAGCUGCUCUGUGUUGGACUAACCAGUCCACUCUGCAACAUACAGACACUAGUUCUAGGUCAGUGUGGUCUGACAGAGGGUUGCUGUUCAGAUCUGGCCUCAGUCCUGAGUUCAUCCAACUCACAACUGAAACAACUGGAGCUGAGAGACAAUGACCUGCAGGACUCAGGAGUUACACUGCUGUCUGCUAGACUGGAGGAUCCAGACUGUAAACUACACACACUGGGGCUGUCUGGCUGUCUGGUCACAGAGGAGGGCUGUGCUGCUCUGUCUUCAGCUCUGAGGUCAAACCCCUCCCACCUGAAAGAGCUGGACCUGAGCUACAAUCACCCAGGAGACUCUGCAGGGGGACUGCUUUCAGCUGCUCUGGUGGAUCCCACAGAUAAACUGAUGAAGCUGAAUGUGGAUCAUGGUGGAGAGUUCAGGCUGAAAUCAGGGCUGAGGAAAUAUGCCUGUCAUCUCACCCUGGACCCAAAUACAGCAAACCCACACCUGAUACUGUCUGAGGGGAACAGGAAGGUGACACGGGUGGAGGACAAGCAGCAUUAUGAAGACCAUCCAGACAGAUUUGACCAUCUUUACUUAGUUCUCUGCAGAGAAGGCUUAUCUGGAUGUCGUUAUUUCUGGGAGGUGGAGAGGGAUGGUGACAUGGCUGACAUUGGUGUGGUGUACAGAGGACUGAAGAGGAAGGGACGGGUGGAUGAAAGUUGGAUUGGAGCCAACAGGAAGUCCUGGUGUUUAUUCUGCUCUGAUAGCCUCUAUUUAUUUUACCAUUCUGGAGUCAGCAGAUGCAUCCCUGGUCCUGUUUCUAAGAGAGUUGGAGUGUAUCUGGACUGGCCAGCUGGUACUUUGUCCUUCUAUAGUGUGUCCUCCUCUGGUACACUGACACACCUUUACACAGAACACACCACAUUCACUGAACCCCUCUAUCCUGGGUUUGGGUUGAGCGUUUUCUCUUCCUCAGUGACCCUGUGUCAGAUAGAUGAUCAACACAAUCAAAGCAGAGACCAUGGUGGAGAGUGUUGUAUCAAGCCUGGACCUGAGAACACCAGAGACCAUGGUGGAGAGUGUUAUAUCAAGCCUGGACCUGGGAAAUGGAUUCCUCAGAGCUGUAAGACUUGUGACCAUGUUGAGGUAAGUCAUAAUGUCAAUUCUCACUUUUACAUACCUUCAGGAGUCAGGCACAGUCUGAAAGCCAGGUGUGUACUGACCAACCAUUCAUACUGGGAUAUGAACAGGACACCCAAAGGACGUUAUGAGUGCACAGUGUCUGGGCUCCGCUGGGUGUGUGAGAGAGAUGUCAUUCUGAAGUAUCACUUCAGGAACUGGUAUCCCUACAGUCACCUUCUGAAAGACAUGCAGUACGGACAAGGUGGUCCAUUGCUGGACAUCACUAUGGAGUUAGGGACCAACCCUUCCCUGAGGAAUGAGAUGAAGAUUCUUCAUGUAGAGGAACAUGGAGUGUCUGUUGAGGAAGUGCAUGAGGUCACCAGAUUCCAUGCUAAGAUUCUCCAUCCCAAGUUCUCAGCUAUCUCUGUUAUACUGAGCUAUAUCUUUUCGUGGAACAUAGAUGUCCACUGUGAGCUGAUGCUCUAUAUGACAGUGAAAAAGGAAACACUAAUUCCACGCCUAUACCUGUUCCCCAGUAACCCCAGCCAAAUACAGGCUGUGGAACAACAGGAAAAGUCUCAAGGGUCUUCAAGGGUUCUCAUCUCAAGACCAGAGCAGGCCUUCAAACUGAAUAGGUACUUCAGACUGAACAUUCCCUGUUCUACCUACAUCAAUCCACAGAAGAUUCAUCUCAUACAUAGAGACUCCACACCAAGCUUUUUCAAGGCGGUUGUGAAAAUGACAGGGGUUGACAUUGAGAUGGAGUUAUUCGGUGAUGAUGAGAGGAUUGCAUGGAAAGAAGUGGUAUCACAAGAUGAAUACAUCACUGCCACCCAUUCAACAAGUAAGUAA